CAGCACGGAUCGGCUUUAGGCAGAAAUAAGGUCAUAUUAUGAAACGUCCACGAAACAGUUCUGUACCAUCUGUGCAAAACUGUUUUUGUAAGAAAUCUCUAAAAUUUGAUGACAUUUCCUGCAGCUACAGAGAAGGCUGAAAUACAAACAGUCCCUUUCCCGAAAACGAGGUGUUAUUUCAAUAACAUUUCUCACCAGCACUUUUCUUUUUUGCAAAAGUGUUUGUUCUAGUGAUGUGGACAUAUGAUGAACGUCAAUGGUUAAUAAGAUAACCAGAAACUGUGAAAAUCAAACGUGCCUGGAACGCAUCAGUUUCACACUUUUAGUCCUUCGCUUGAGACUCAAGGGCCACAUGACCAGGUAGGUCUUUCACCUCUGGAAACCGUUAAACAUCCUUCCAGUAAGAAAUAAUCGUUAAGGGCAAGGUGUUAAAGAAAUCCAGUGAGCUGUUCCCCGUGGGUCACCGCCUCCCUCCACCCGCCUCCACCCGCCUCCACCCGCCUCCCGCGCACUGAACGCAAAAAGCUUAGACAGGAAGAGCGAGGCCAGAGGAGACUACAACUCCCAGCAGGCGUCGCGGCAGCGGGAGGCCACGCACGCGCAACCCAGGCCCCAGGACAAGUCUCGCCGCCGACCUUCUGGGAGGGCAGGAUGGCGGUGUCCGGGCUGCGGCUGGGAGCGGAAAAGCUCUUUGAAAUGCCUGCGGUGCUGGGGCGACUGAGCCGCUGUCAGAGCACGUCCCAGGCCUUUGCUGAGGUGCUGCGGCUUCCGAAGCAGCAGCUGAGGAAGCUGCUGUACCCGCUGCAGGAAGUCGAGCGGUACCUCGCCCCCGACAGGAGGCAAGACCUUCACCUGCGGAUUUUUAACCCGAGCCCGGAGGACAUCGCGAGGGCGGAGAGCGUCUUCAAGGCCACUGAACAUAACCGCAUCGAAUACGUCAGCUCCGCCAUCCGUAUGGACCACGCCCCGGACCUCCUCCGGCCUGAGGUGUGUUUUAUAGGCAGAAGCAAUGUUGGAAAAUCCUCCCUAAUCAAGGCUUUAUUUUCACUGGCCCCUGAGGUUGAAGUCAGAAUCUCCAAAACACCAGGACACACAAAGAAAAUGAAUUUUUUCAAAGUUGGAAAACAUUUUACGGUGGUGGACAUGCCAGGGUAUGGCUUUAGAGCACCUGAAGAUUUUGCCGACAUGGUAGAGACCUACCUAAAAGAACGAAGCAACUUGAGGAGAACAUUUUUAUUAGUGGAUAGUGUUGUUGGAAUUCAAAAAACAGACAAUAUUGCCAUUGAAAUGUGUGAAGAAUUUGCAUUACCUUAUGUGAUUGUAUUAACAAAAAUUGACAAAUCUUCCAAAGGACAUCUUUUAAAACAAGUGCUUGAGAUCCAGAAAUUUGUUAGCACGAAAACUCAAGGAUGUUUUCCUCAGUUGUUUGCUGUAAGAGACUUACUAGCCUCACUCAAGGAAUUACAUCUGGUUCUCAAAGGCAGGCUGUGGCAGACUUUUCAUCUUAACACCUGGCAUGUGGUUGAAGCCAAAAAGUAGUACUUGUUGAUGAAUGGCAUGGUGCUACUUUAAAUGUAAACCUAACUGAAAUGGAAUGAAUUCCUCUGCAAUGCUGCACUAAAGCAGCUCCUCUGUGAGUCCAGGUGGUACUUCCAGAUCUCAGCAGUUCCACUUAAAAGAGAAUACUGAACUAGCCUUGGUAAUCACUUAUUAAGUCUCAUGUACGAACAUCUAAACUCCCAUUAAAGCAAAAAUAUCAUCAAUGUCAUCUGUCUCCUUAAUAGUUCCUGAUGUACUGUUUUUAUUUCUUUGCAUCACUGUGUACGAAUCAGUUUCAUUUUCAUGGAUGCCUCUAAGAUUUUCAUGAAUCAUUUUCUCCUUAGUUUGCAUGACAGUCAUUGAAACUCCACUACUCAAGAAUUGCUUACUCUUAGGGUAGAGAUGAGUUCUAUGCACAGUACAGUGUGCGAGUUUCCACUUAGCACCAGUAUCUGCAGCAACAUUCUGAGUCCCUUGAGAGAACUGCUGAAUUUCCCUUAAAAGAGUCGACUGCAGCUUUCUCUGUGGUUUCCUUUGUCUCCGUAAAAAUUUAUUCUGUGAUCUUCUCUGUCUCAGAUGAUGCUUUGAAGUUUUAAUACCUAAGCCACGAAGAAGGCAGUUGCAAAUAGACGUUUUUAUGCAGUCUAGUUUCUUCGGCAAACUUUAAAGGACAGAGAGAGGAAAAAUCUGGGCUUAAGAUGCAGAAAAACAUUCUCAAGCACUUUUAAUUUACCAACUGAGAAGAAAAAUACACAACUUAUCUACAAGUCCAGUGCCUGUGUACAAUCCCAGAACCACAUCGAAAAAUAUUAAGUUUCACCCCAAAUCUGUUUUUCUUCAGAACACAAAUGUCCUCUGAUUGAAAUGUAGAUGAAUGUGUCCCCAUUUUGCUUUCAAGUUCUCAAAAGUACAGCUGCCUAGCAAUCAGCUGAAUGCUGAGAUACCUCCAUACUUCAGUGUCAUAGCUUUUCACUCGUAACUGCUAAUCUGUUCAUAAUGUAAUGAGUGGGCAUGAGGAAACAUAACAAAUGAAAAAAACUGACAGUAUGUAUUUAUCCAAAUCUGGAUAAUCGACUUCAUGCUGUGGCAGAAAAUGAACAAGGAAAAAGGAAUAAAGGCUAAGAGUUUAUAAAACAAUGUGAAGACAGGGCUUCUGGCCCAGACACACUAACAGCCGUAAGCUACCCUUAUUAUGAUUCAUAUGUCAUCUGCAAGUUUGGAAAUUCAGAACUCCAACAGCUGAUCAUUUUAGAUGUUUUGCUUCCACAUAGGGUACACUUCCACAAGGUUUAUCCUUGCCUUGCUCAGUUGUUUCACUGUAUGCCAUAGAUUUCAAAAGAUGAGCAUGGACAGAAAACUUUGAGGAAGCCCACUAUAAUAAAGUAAAUCAUAAUCUCUGCU